CAAGACGGGAGAGCCUUGCGGGAGGAGACACCAGGAGCUCCCGGCCUCUCCCCUCCUCGAGCCAUCUGAGGAUGGAAGAGCAGAGCUGAGGAGUCCCAGCACAAACGGGGGGCCCCCCAGUUCCACUUCCCACACCCAGCCAUGUCCUUUGCCAUGCUGCGCUCGCCCCCUAGUCGCUACCUGUACCCUGAGAUCAGCAUGUUGUCAGAGGAUGAGGAGAAUGGGAGUGAGAGCUCUGGCUCAGAAGAGAAGCCCUAUCACCUGGAUGCCGGCGGGUACGGGCUGAAAAGCAGCAAGCGCAGAAGCAGCAAGAAGCCCAACCGGAUCAACAGGGAGCCCCGCCAGCGCCACACGGCCAACGCACGGGAGCGGGACCGGACCAACAGCGUCAACACAGCCUUCACUGCCCUGAGGACUCUCAUCCCCACGGAGCCAGCGGACCGGAAACUCUCCAAAAUUGAGACACUCCGCCUGGCUUCCAGUUACAUCUCACACCUGGGCAACGUCCUCCUGGUGGGGGAAGCGUGUGGAGACGGGCAACCGUGCCACACCACGCCAGCCUUCUUCCACCACAGCAGUAGCAGCAGCAGCCCCCCCACACGGGAAAGCGAGAACUCCCAGCCCAAGCAGAUCUGCACUUUCUGCCUCAGCAACCAGAGGAAGAUGAGUAAAGACCGAGACAGGAAGACGGCGAUUCGGAGUUAGACGAUUGUGGAUUCAGGAAAGAGGAGGAGGAGGAGCAGAGGAAAGACGGGAAAGCCACACACGCAAAACACAGACAGACAGAAACUUCUGGCCUGCCCCAGUUGUCACGUGGCUCUACCCAGGAUGAACUCCCAGCAGCCUAUCCCAGAGGAGAGACUGGAUCCCUCUGUGACUAGGCUUGGCUUGGCAGCAAGGUCAGCAAAGAAGGGGCCGUCGGCUGGAAGCGCUCAGAAGGAUGGUGCACUGCUGUGCCGGGAGUGAGCCAGGUGCUGCCGGCAUGGCCCAGGAGGGAUCUUUCCUGCUCAACAAACAGAAGGACACGGGCGCGAUCCUCACAGACCUGAAUCCUGCCGGGAGCGGAGGCCCAGGCACUGCCCCUUAGAGGGACAUCCAGAGGAAGGACUUUCUUCAUGUGCUUCCUUCCCCCCCUCACAGCAAUGGGGCACCCCGUUGUGGAACCUCGGGUGAGGUUACGAUCAAUACAUGUCGGAGUUC